UUCCUGACUUCGUGAAAAACAAACAGCCGAGCAGCCGUUCUCUCUCCGGAUUUGGCCGCCGGGUUCCCUGACGUUUCCUUAAAUGUGUUAAAUACUCUUGAUUAUUUUAUUUUUUUUUACCGAUUAUUGUUAACGGGUUCCGUGUUUGCGGUUCCUCUCUGGUUCGUACCCGGCUCGGCUACGUUCGGACCCCGCUCUGCCCCGCGAACUGCUCGUCCACAUUCGGCUCUUGUCGUUAGGCGGAAGAAUGGACGAGGCGGACUCGGCCACGAAGGCACUCGGGCUGGAUGAACCGCCUAUCGGCAUGCAGCCGGUGGACGGCUCGGAUACCGAGUCGGAGGCCGAAGUCACCACGAUGGCUGUGAUGGCCGAACCGGGAAACAUCGACAUGGGAGCCGAGUCCUUGCCGAACCCAGACGAGGCCGAGGCUGCAUUUGCAGAGGUGACGGCUGUGACGGUGGCAGACGUUCAAGCGGAGGACAAUGUUUUUACCACGACGGUUGCCACGUCAGGAAGUCUCCCUGAACACAUGCUGAGUGGAAGGGCAACCCUCCAGCUCAGUGAAGGUCUCAGUACCCAGAAGGCCACUUUGAUUGUGGUUCACACUGACGGCAGCAUUGUGGAGGCUGGCCUCAAGUCUGCUGCCGCCAUCGCAUCAGGCCCACAGACUCCGCCCACCCCUUUGACUCCACCCCAAGAGAAAGACUCGUGUUCCAAGUACAACUGGGACCCCUCGGUCUACAACAACGAGCUGCCGGUCCGCUGCAGGAACACUAGUGGCGUCCUCUACAAGAGCCGACUGGGAUCAGGUGGUAAAGGUCGCUGCAUCAGACACAACCAGCAGUGGUACACUCCCACUGAGUUUGAAGGUCUGGCAGGAAGAGCGAGCAGCAAAGACUGGAAGAGGAGUAUCAGAUACGCUGGCAGACCUCUGCUCUGCCUCAUACAGGAGCGUAUCCUGAAUCCCCACGCGGCGUCCUGUACCUGUGCAGCCUGUUGUGAUGACCUGACAGGAGUAAGUCAGCAGGACUGGUCCUGGUCCUGGACAACCUGCAGGUCCAGGGAAGAGUUUAGCUCAGGAAGCAGAGUCAAGGAAGAAGAUCGUGUUUUUUCAUGUCCAAAGGAAACAGACUCCAUGGCCGCUGAAAACAUCAGUAUGACUGGUCCAGUCCGCCUCUUCGUCCCAUACAAGAGACGGAAGAAGGAUAAUGAGCCUCCGGUCACCCCUCCCAAAAAGGAACUUCCUGCCACCAAAAACAUCACACUGGCCCCGGGCACAACGUUCACGGUGUCUCCGUCAGGACAGUUCACCACUUCCGGUACCUUGACCUUUGACCGGACUCAAGCGGGUGACGCCACCGCCGCUGCCGCUGCUGCCAUCAUCUCGGAAGGCUCAGCGCAGAGCGAAGUGUUCGCCAGCACAGCAGUGCUGACGGCGUUGCCGGCACUGGCCAUGGCUCCUCAGCCGGUUCAGGCCAAGAUGACGGUGGCAACUGUGGCGUCCCCGUCAGCGGGGCUGGUGAGCGGGCUCGAAGUGGGGCCCGUUGGAGGGGCGGGGCCAUCGGUCAGCGAGGGGCAGAAGAACACCUGGCUGUACCUGGAGGAGCUGGCCAACACGCUGCUGAGCAACGUCCAGCAGCUGAAGGCUCUGAUCGAACAGGCCAAAAGCUCUCCGGGGGACACGGCAGGGAUCAAAGGUCAGGGAGGCAGGAAAGAGUGUGGUCUCAGUCAGUCAUUUCAGAACCAGAACUUGUUUCAUCAGCCGGACGACUCAGAGGCCAAGAGGAGCACUGAAAUCACAGAGAUCAUCAUCAAUCAGAUGUGUGUGAACUGUGGUCGGGUGGCGAUGAGUGAGUGUACAGGCUGUCACAAGGUCAACUACUGCUCCACGUUCUGUCAGAGGAAGGACUGGAAGGAUCAUCAGCACACCUGCUGUCAGUCAGCAGGGGGCGUGGCUGUUCAGGAGGAGCCAAUCACAGCCAUGGACAUGGACAAAGUGAAAUGAGGUGUAACCCGCAAUGUUCAUGAAAACAUGAGCAGAGAGGUCAUGUGACAGGAAGCUCUUAUGUGGGCAAAGAGGAGACUUUUCUGAACAUAUCUGUGCUGAAGACUUAAAAUCUCCCUUCUGGAACUUUUAUAGUGAAAGUUCCUCCUCAGACGACAUGAAAAGGAGCUCUUUGAUCUUCUGGGAGCCGAGCUUGUUGUAUAAAAACUGCAAUGACUUGGAAGUCGAGUGUGUUCUCCAUUCACUUCAAUACGGUCAGAGUUUGUUCACAGCAGUCUCUGGUGGACAUUAGAGGAACUGCAGCUCAACACACUUCAUCACACACUGGACACUGCACGUGAAGGUGAUCUGAACUUAAUGUUUCAGUAAAGGUCAAAGUACCACCAGUAUAACAUGUUUCAUAAAGUAAGGUAAGAUGGUAAAAAGGGUUAGGGCUGCAACUAACUAUUAUUUUCAUUAUUGAUUAAUCUGGCAAUUAUUUUCUCAGUUAAUUUACUUAAUUAUUUUAUCAGUAUUUUUCUUAUCUUGGCUCAGCGACUGACAAACAGUCUGUUGUUUUACGAAACAUUGUUUUUGCUGCCCUUUUAACUGUUGUUAAGCAGAUUUAAAUCUCCAGAGACCGUCCUGGAUAAAUAAAGGUCAAACACAUCGAUAAAAUAAAAUAUUUUAUUAAAUGAACCCCUCCCAUCCCCGUCCAAUACUUAGAGAUGCAUUAUCUGUCGUCUGUUAAUGGUAUUGUGGUAUUUAUUUUAAAUCAUUAUGAGUCUGGAAAAACUAUGACUCGACUUUGUUGUCUGAAUCAAAAAAUACUCUUAUUUUUUUUCUUCCAGCUAAAACAGGGGUCAGCAACUUUUAUUAUCAAAAGAGCAAUUUCUGAGCCCACCCAAAAACAUAAAACAUCUGUCUGGAGCCGCAAAACAUAUUUGAGCCUUAUAAUGUUUAUUCCUCGCCACAGAUCAAGCGUACAGGUCAGCCAGCAGCAUUGGUGACAGCAAAUGAAUCGCUCCACACGCUAUUAAACUCUUAAUCUUCCUCCAAAACUUUUCUUGUUUUGGAUUUGGAGUCGAUAACUAGCCUAGUUAGGGAGACACUACUACUGAGGUUCAGCAAAAUAUAAAGGAAAAGGCGCAUGGUCAGGAUGAAAUGUAUGACCACAUUUUAGCUGAUGAACAUUUAUUUAUUCGGUGUGUAAUUGCUACACAUUUUUACAAUUGUAGAAUGUUGGAAUCAAUAGAAGGAAUUUAGGCCUUAAACAAUGAAAAUAAAUAACCAGGAGCCACUGGAGAGGGCCUCUGGAGCUAAAACAAAAUUUGUUUUUAUUUUCACAGUAUGUGGAAGUUUCAGUUUAAGUCUGUUUUAUUAUCUUGUGUACAAGAUUAAAUCUUCAUCUUUCAGGACUUUGAA